CCAGACUCGAACACGGCAGACUACGGCACACCCGUUCGACACUGGGACCCAUGGGCCAGUCCACCGGUGAUUAGCCGAUUAGGCCGGCAUGCAGGAGAGAGUCAAGCCUUGGCCUACAUUCAGUUGAUCUCACGCUCCUACAUUGUGCACGAUGGAGCCGGUGUCAAGCUUUCCAGAUUAUCCCACGACUGUUCCACGGCAAGCUGCUCAGGAGCCGCUCACACUACCACCUUCAGCAUCUCCUGAAUUGCAGGAGCACUUUACUCGAUUGGUGCAAGAGAAGCGUGAGUUGAAAGACUAUGCAGACCGUGUGACACGCGAGCUACGCAGGUACCAGCAAUCUCGGCCAGCACCUGCUGCCACACCGGAGGAUGAUUUGCCCUUGCCACCAUGGGCCACGAAUAUGCAGAUGAUGUCCCCAUUGUUGUUCGCCUACGAGGAGCGCAUCGCUGAGCUCGAAGCGGUCAUUGAGCGUUCCGUCAGCCUGGCAGAACAGGCACAGCUGCUCGCAAAAGAAAACGAUCAGCUGCGCGCCGAACUGCAUGAUCGAACAGAGCAGCUUCGGAAUGCUCAGAUCUUAGGUGGAACUCAAGGUGAGAUUCAGAGCUUGAAUGCCAAAGAACAGCAGGAGGAGAUUCAAGAGCUGUACCGCUUGAGCGUUGAGCAGAACGAGGCUUUGGCCCAGCAAAACCAGUUGCUGAAACUGCAAUUGGAGCGCAUGCAGCAGACCCUGGCUGCGGGGCGUCAGCAAGCGCAGGAGGUGUACGUGAAAGCGCAUGAGAAUCAGAAUGCAUUGUCCGAAGAGAGGCAACGUGGUGAGGCUUUAGCCCGACAACGACUUGCAGCAGAGCAGAAGCUGGAGGAGGUCACGGGCGAGUUGUUGGAGCAAGUGAAUAAGCGGGAUGCUCUGGAAGCUGAGAUUGAAUCUCUUCGCCACGAGCUUGAAGUACAGAAGCAAGCGGCCGACAUCAAUCAGAAGUCAUUCCAAGAAAGGUGUGCUUUGGCCAUGGAUGAGGAGGAGCGGCUGAAGGCAGAAUUGGGGAGAACCACCAAGAGCGAGCGGGAAUAUCGACGGCAAGCCUUAGAGGCCCAGAAAAGUCUUGAUGAGACUGCUGAGCAACUUCAUCUUGCUCGAAAAGAGUUGGAGUCCAGCAAACAGACCGCCGAAGAGUUUCUGCAAAGUACAGAAACGCUGCAACGGCGUUUGCUUGACGUCAAGGAUUUGUACGAGGACAAGAAAGCGCAAUUGGCCUCGACGGAGGCCAAGUUGGCUGAGCUGCAGAUCGAAAAGGAUCGAUGGACAGGCACAGAGGAGGCAACCAAGAAGCAAGCAGAACGGGUGGAGGCGCGGCUCAAAGAGGAAAUGGCCACCAUGAAGAUGGAAAGAGAACAGGAGUUCUCCAGCUUCAAGAGCUCGCAGCAAAGACUCACCGAUGACUUGAAAAAGAGGCUGCGAUGCAGUGAACAGAGGGCUUCAGAGGCUGAAUCAAAGGUGGGCCUCUACGAGAAACAACGAGAGUGGGAGGCCUCUGCUUUGGAGAGGCAAAGCGCAUCACACCGUGAAGAGAUUGAGCAUCUUCGAGCAGACUGUGAGGAGGCUCAGCAGGCGCGACUUCGGCUAGAUCGACAGGUCACAGAGCUGCAGCAGCAAGCGGCAAGACUACAAGGCAAGCUCGACACGAGCUGCGCAGAUGCCAAAGAGCAAAGUUCUCGUGCUGCAGCAGAACAGGCAAGCCUGCGCUCACAGCUCCAAGCUGCAGAGCAGAACUUGAAUCAGGUUCAAGAUGAUCUAAGGGCUGCAAAGGAGAAGGCUCGCACUUGCGAGGAGACCUGCUCAAAGGCUCAAGCAGACCUGCAGGAAGAGCGUCUUAGGGCAACCAGCAACGUUGAGACGGCCAAGCGCCACGCCGACUCGGAAUGCCGACGGCUCCAGCGGCAGCUGAAGGCCAUGACCUCUCGAGCGCAGCAGGAAGAAGUGCGAGCGGCCGAGAUGCUCCGAGCACAGGAGGCCCUCCGCUUGCAGUGGCAAGCUGAGCUGGGCCACGAGCGAGAUGAACUUGAAUCGAAGGUGGAGCGGCUCCGGAGAGAGAACAAAGCCAUCAAGGAGAAGGUCCGCACAGGCCUACAGGCUUUGGCUGCAGGACCAGAUGUUGUUUGCCGAUUAUCGCCUUAAGUAUUGAGAUGGUUUUGAGAUGAGUCCAAACUUAAUUUAUUGUAAGGGGAUUCCUUUGGCAAAAAUGAACACCAACCAUUUUGUUGCAAGCCAAAGACGAAAUUACUUAUCCACGGGGUGUCAAAAAU